AACACAAAUUGUUUAAAUAAUGGGAAAAAUCAGCUAUUUGUUGUGCAUUGGCCUGGCCAUGAUUGGCACCGUCUGGGCAAUUGAAGCGGAACCGGAUUAUGGACCCGUGGCCUACGAAUUUCAUUGGUCUGUCAACGAUGAGCACACGGGCGACAUCAAGAGCCAGAAGGAACAGCGCAAGGAUGACAAAGUCGUCGGCCAGUAUACUAUCAUCGAUUCGGAUGGCUAUCUGCGCACCGUGGAUUAUACAUCGGAUGCCCACAAUGGCUUCAAUGCGAUUGUUAAUCGCACGCCGACAGAUAUCAAGAUUCCACAGCCUGAGCCCAAGAAGCUAAUUGCCACCAAGCUUGCGGCACCAGUGUUGCCGCUGGCUCCCCUGGUGCACUAUGCCAGGCCCAGUCUCAAGGGACCGGCGCCGGCUCAUGGCAACUAUGUAUCGGUGUCGGGGCCGACAGCUCAGUACAAAUACUAGAGUGAUUGAGAGAACCAACUGAUCAUACUUCGACUACAUUUCUUCAACUUCAUGAAAUGCAAGAGCCUUCAAGGAAACCUGCUGAUAUCUCAAACAUGCCAACCAAUCACAAGUGCAUUCAAAUGCAUUCAUCAGACAUAUUUAAGUUAUA